UUACAGUUUGGGAAAAUGACCCGGUAAUUCAUCUUUUUCUACUUGAACCAUUUCCACACACCCCCCCAGCAGAUGGAAGGGUGGUUUUGGAUCUCUGCUGGUACCUGGGAGCCAUGAGCACAGCACGCACCGCGUUUGCCCCGUGCCCCAUCAUCAAACUGUUGCUGCUUUGUGCCGCGCUCGGCGUCUUAAAUGUUCAUGGCGUUGGUGAAAAGGAGUCCCUCAACCUCAGCAGCACCAACGAGAGCAUGGCCAGCAGCAGACGUGCCCGGUCUGUGAGCGACCGGCCAGAGCCCCGCGACUGUGUGCUCUCUGCCUGGUCCUCCUGGAGCACGUGUGAUCCCUGUCAAAAGAAAAGGUACAGAUUUGCCCGCCUGGAACAACCUUCUCAGUUCAAUGGAGAUCCGUGUGAUUACUCUGACAGAGAAACUGAAGAUUGUGUCACAAGCAAACCUUGCAGGAAUACAGUUCGCUGUGAUGGUUUUGUGUGUGCAGUUACAGGGAGAUGCAUUGCACGGAGGCUGCUUUGUAAUGGGGAUGAUGAUUGUGGGGACCAGUCAGAUGAAAAAAACUGCAAAAAAGUGUUUAAAAAAUGUGACCAGAAGAUGGAGCAAUACUGGGGAAUUGAGAACCUGGCAAAAGGGUUAAAUAUCUUCACAAACAACUUGGAAGGAUUAGUUCUUGACCACAGGUACUAUGCUGGAGGGUGUUCUCCCCAUUUUAUCAUGGACACAAGAUUCAGAAAGCCAUAUAAUGUAGAAAGCUACACACCAGAGACCAUGGGCAAAUAUGAAUUUACAAUGACUGAAUAUGACUCCUACUCAAGUUAUGAAAGCAGUGUCCUGAAGGCAGAGGCUUCACAGACUAGCUUCAGCUUUGGUAUAAAAAUACCACAAGUGUUUGAACUUGGUUACAGUUCUAAUGACAACAGGUUCAAGAAGUCCAUACAAAGGAUGAAGAGAUUUUCUUCAACUUCCAGCAAAUUCAUUCACGCCCGCUCAGAGUUGGCUGUUGCUGUGUAUAAGCUGAAGCCACGAGCCCUGAUGCUUCAUCAUGAGUUCCUGCAGAGGCUCCGGCAGCUCCCAUCAGAGUACAGCUACGGGGAGUACAGGGAGCUCUACAGGGACUAUGGCACCCAUUACAUCACCGAGGCUACUGUCGGCGGCAUCUACGAAUAUACUUUGGUCAUGAACAGUGAGGAGCUCCAAAAGGCAAGUUAUUCUCUGAGCGACGUCCAGAAAUGUGCACAGUAUGGCUUUGGCAUUGGUGCAAAUAUUUGUGGUGUCUAUGUGAAGGCUGGAAUAAAUGAAGCUGGCUGUAAAUCCAUUUUAGAAGAAAUUGGAGGCAGCACCUCCAAAAAGAAGUUUGUGGAAGAUUUCAUCGUCGUCGUUCGCGGCGGAGCGAGCGAACACAUCGUGGCGUUGGCGAACAAGGAGCUGCCCACGGCUGCACUCAUGCAGGAGUGGGGAGAUGCUGUCCAGUACAACCCUGAAAUCAUAAAGCUGAAGGUAGAGCCGCUGUUCCAGCUGGUGACUCCGACCGACGUCGCUGACACAGCGGCAAUAAAGGGCAACCUGCAACGGGCCCUGGAGGAGUUUCAGCUGGAGACCAGUACUUGUCGCUGUGCUCCGUGCCGUGGCAAUGGCAUCCCCUUGCUCCAAGGAAGCGAAUGUCAAUGUUUAUGUCCCCUUGGCUACAGUGGCACGGCCUGUGAGACCAGCAAGAGGACAGAUGCUGCUAUUAAUGGAAACUGGGGUUGCUGGGCCAGCUGGUCUCCAUGUUCAAGAGGUGAACGAACAAGGAGACGACAGUGCAACAACCCUGCACCACAAAAUGGUGGUUCAUCAUGCUCUGGGCCAGAUGCUGAGACUGUUACUUGCUAGAGAGGAUUGUUAGGAACUUACACAAGACUGAUGAGCAGUUUGCAACAGAGUGGGAAGAUGAUACCUGACUGGCUCCCUGUGUUGGCCUCACUUUGCUUGUGGGUCUCAUCCAAGUGCACUGAAGUUGGAAACAUCCCAGAAGACAUUGGGAGCUGGAUGUGUGUUAGGAAUCACACCUUUGGACAUGCUUUGUGGUUGUCCCACGUGCUUGCUAUUCCUAAUAUGUUAAAUUCUCUCUGCCUUUAUUGCAGUGUGCUAACUGGGACAAGCUUUAUCUUCUGCCCUGUUUGGUAGCUGCAUGAAUUUAAAUUUUACCAUCUUGUUUUUGAAGGUUCCUUUGAGAUAAGAAAAACCUCUUUGAUCUUACAUGCACCAGAAUGUGUGCUAAUAUGCAGCUUUUGUGAAGACAGAUGUGUCAUGUGGAGCAAAACACAGCUAGUAAAGUCUAAAUCUCAAUGAGCACAACAGUAUCUAGUGUGACAUUUGAAGCCUCUGUGCCUCAGUUCCCCAAUUUAUUGUAUUUAACUGAAAUGGUCAUGUUAGAAAUUGUCUGGAAGGAGUGAAAAACACCUCGUGAAGAACAGUCUGGUGACACCAAAGUGUUGUUAAACUGUAGUAGUUGUACUCCUACUGCAGCUCUGAGCUUCCUCCUGCACCUUUCUGAAGGGGAAAAGAUACACUGGGAGUACUGGAGAUACACCACUGCUCUGCUUCCUUGGAAAGGGGAGAGAGGAUGGAGGGAUGCUAUGGAAUGGGCAAUUGGAAAGGAUCUGCUGCUCCUUCUGCUGCCUGGGGAUAUGGGAAGGCAGGAGGAAUGGCUGCACUUGCACCCUCUGAACUUCCUGCACCCUGAGUAGGGGCUGUCACUCGAGGAUGGCAGAACCCUUUACUGGAGCAGGAAGAGCAGCCAGCUCUUCUGUAAUGCUUCGUGUGAGCAGAGUAAUUUCAACAUUUUGGAAUAAGUAUCUUCUGAGGUCUUCUGCACUUAGUAGUUGCCUCUGCCCCAACCAGGCUCUGGCUCAUCAGUUUGAUCCCUGUAUUUGAGCAGCUGCAUUGCUGGUCCACUUAGGCUAGGACAUCUGAGAAGGGAGCAAGUUUGCUAUGAAAAAGCCAAAGCAAGUGAAUGGUUUGUUCUUUGCUACUGUCCCUGGAGCUGUGCUUUGCAGUCCAGGUCAAGCAGAAGAGGAACUGUAAUAUUCUGCAUUCCUUCAUGACUGACCCAAGCUGGAUCGUUCCAGGGAGUUGCCACCUAGAGCAUUGUUGCUGUUACUGACUUCUGCUGUAAAUGGGACAUGCUGUAAAAUAACCAGCAGUAGCUUUGCUCCAAGGUAGCAGUUCCACCAGUGCAAAGUUCUUCAGGAGUCUUCUAGCGUCUGCAAGGUUAAACACUCUUCCGAGGGCUUUUAGUGCUGCUGGUGAUGAUGGGUUGCUACCACCAGCUUCCCUCCUUUCAGACUGAUGUUGUCUAAAUGUAAUUCUUGUGAGAACAACUCAGGCUCUCUGACAUCUGAACAAUGGAACAUGCAUUAAGUUGUAGCCUUCGUGCCGCCUCCACGCUUGCUGACAGGGCUUCUGUGACAGCUUUAAGAAAGGAAGAGCACAUUGCAUAUGUAAGGGAAGAGUGCUCUGCACUUGUUCUGGGCUUCAGCGUUGAGCUGCCAACCCAAAACACUUCCAUCAUCCACUGUGUAACUGUGGUAUCUUUUGUGUGAUAGAAAUUUGCCAGGAGGUUCAUUUAGGGCCAUGGUCAAAGAGGUCACUGCUUAUGUGAAUUAUCAUAUUCUUCAGUUUUUUCAAGGGACACAGUAGAAGCUCCACAGCAGAGGGCCCUGGUUAUGGUUCAUGGGUGCCUUUGAGGACAGGGACUACAGUGCAGCUGCCUGCCCUUCAUGAGAAGCAUUGAUGUAAAUCUGAUGAAGGGACUUUCUCAGAUGAGUCGAGUGGCUUUUGUAAAUUUGACCACCUUUCCUGGUUAUCAAGCUGGAGUAAGCACUCUGACACAUGGUCAUGGUGGGGCAAGCAGAGCCAAGUGUAGCACCUGGAAUUUGGACUCCCGUUCCUAGAUCAGAAAAGCCCAGAUUUUUUGAAGUGGCACUACCUGCAUUUCCAUAUUUGAGGAAUUUUUUGGAGGAAGAGAGGAGAGAUUUGACAAUCUUCAAGAUCAAUGGGAUAGUCUAAUCAAGGUAUGAUUUCAGUAGUGGUUGAUACUGAAUCUAUAGCCUUAGAAACCUCCCACAAAGGACAUAACUUUAUCUUGUCCUUGCAAUUUUGUGCUUCGAUCCCACUAACUAAUGAUUUAUUAUGACCUGGAGGGUAAUAAAAAAUACGAUACUGAAGCUUUUAUUGUUUCAUUUUGAUACACAUUAAAUUUUGGUACUAUCUUUUC